AUGCCUAAACGAAAGAGGGCAGCUAACACCACCUUGGUGACUUCUACCACACCCGCUUCUGCAUCAAAUCGACGGACUAGUUCCCGGAGAGCCUCUGCCACCGCCCCUGUCGCGAUCGACACUAAUCCAGACACGAAUGAUAUGAUCGAGGAUGGCCCGAAUGCCUUACGUGCUUCGCCAGAUGCAGAACAGCCUGAAGUUGACACUGCGAAAAGUAGGAAGGGAAAGAUCAAGGUCGAAGCUGUGGACAAACCUGUUGCGGCACAUGCUAGACCAGUCGCCCCUCCGACAGCUCCCGUCAAGAGAGGGGAUGGGCUAGAAAGAGAUGAUCCCGAAGCUGAAGGGGAUGAGGAAGCUAACCCCGAAGAGCUGAAGGAAGCCUUGUCCCGGCCACCCCCGGUCAACAGCUCAUACCUCCCAUUACCCUGGAAGGGCCGGCUGGGUUAUGCUUGUCUGAACACCUAUCUCCGUAAUGCAAAUCCACCAGUAUUCUCGUCACGCACGUGUCGUAUCGCUUCGAUACUCGAGCACCGCCAUCCACUGAAAGACCCCAAGCUGCCAGAACAUCCCACCAAAAAUCGUCCUGACAAGGAUCAACCAGCGGACAUAGCGCUGGGGCAAGAAUAUGUGGAAGCGUUGGGUCUCGCCAAUGCACGGGACAUUGUCAAGAUGUUGCGUUGGAACGAUCGCUACGGUAUCAAGUUCCUUCGGUUGUCGUCUGAAAUGUUUCCCUUUGCCAGCCAUGAUAUAUACGGGUACAAGCUUAGCCCAUUCGCCUCAGAGGUGCUUGCAGAAGCGGGUCGCGUGGCUGCUGAACUCGGUCACCGGCUGACGACCCAUCCGGGCCAGUUCACACAGCUGGGCUCACCGCGAAAAGAGGUUAUCCGAGCGUCCCUACGCGAUCUAGACUACCACUGCGAGAUGCUGGACCUUCUGAGGCUCCCGCGCCAGCUGAAUCGUGACGCUGUGAUGAUCCUGCACAUGGGUGGAGUCUUUGGCGACAAGGCUGCCACUAUUGCUCGAUUCAAGGAGAACUAUGUUAAGUUGCCACAAGGGAUCAAAGACCGCCUAGUUCUUGAGAAUGAUGAUGUUAGCUACAGUGUGCAUGAUUUGCUGCCUGUGUGCGAGGAGCUCAAUAUUCCGCUUGUUCUGGAUUUCCACCAUCACAACAUUGUAUUUGAUGCAGACAAAGUUCGCGAAGGUACCCUUGACAUCAUGAGCCUUUAUAACAGGAUCAAAGCUACGUGGACAAGAAAGGGCAUCACGCAGAAAAUGCACUAUUCAGAACCUGUGCCAUCGGCUAUUACUGCACGACAGCGGCGGAAACAUAAUCCGCGCCCUGCAACACUACCACCCUGUGCGCCGGACAUGGAUUUGAUGAUCGAGGCCAAGGACAAAGAACAGGCUGUCUUUGAAUUGAUGCGCGUAUUCAAGUUGCCCGGGUUUGACACUUUCAAUGAUAUCACCCCCUACGUGCGGAACGACGAAAAUAGGCCAUGGAAGCCUCCGAAGAAGAAGAAAACUCCCAGAAAGAAGCGCCAGUCCAAAGGAGAUGAGGGAGAACCGAUCGCCAAUGACGUCGACGAUGACGAUGCAGAUGAGGAAGCACAGCCGCCACCUCUGGUGCCAGAUUCCGAGAUCAGUAUGGGUGGUCCCGAAGGACGCGUCUACUGGCCACAAGGCAUGGAGGAAUGGUUGCGACCGAAGAAACGAGAAGUCAAGCCUCGAGACCCAGCAAAAGCAAAGACAACAGCCGAGAGGGCGGCACUGAGACGGGCCGAAAAGGCUGCGUGGCAGGCAGCGAGGGAAGCAUCCGCAGAAGGAGAGACGCCAGCGUCCACGGCCAAGUCGACUGUUUCUGAGCUGGCCGGCUUGGAUGCGACUCCGAGGGCGACGCCCAAUGCUGCCAAAACACAGAGUGUGUAUGAUGUGGCGAAGACGAAGAAGCAGAAGCCGGUUCGGGCACCUCGCUCGGGGACUGGCAUGAAGAAUAAGAAGGGCACAAAUAAGACGGUGUUGACGCCGAGUACGAGCGACCAAGACUCGGCUCUCGAGCAGAAAAAGGAGUCAGACCUCGAGAUGCCGGAUUUUACUGACGCGGAGGAGGUCAGUGCAGUUGUCAAAGUCAAUCGGCGAGCACCAACGCGGACUCUGAGCGGUAGGAGGGCUAAGAAGAAGGCUGUGAAUUAUGUGGACGGCGACGAGGACGACGAUGAGUAG